AUGAGAAGGUCAACCAAGGAUGUCGAGAAAGAUGGCCCUUCUCUGAUGCCCACCGAGCUCGAUGAUGCCUCUACUCUUGCUGGCGCUACUUCUGGUUUGAGACGCCAGAUCAAGAACCUCGAGCACAGCUUGGCUCAUUAUAACCUCGAAGCUCGUGGAAUCCAUCGUGUCAUGCCCAAUGAACGCCACAGUCUGCGAAACCUUGGAUAUUCUCAAGUCGGUCUGCUGUGGUUCAGUGUCAAUCUUGCUGCCAACAACAUCACCCUUGGGAUGCUUGGUCCGGCUGUCUACUAUCUCUCCUUUCUGGACUGCUCCCUGUGUGCUGUUUUUGGUAUGCUUGUUGGAUGUCUCCCGGUUGCCUAUAUCGCUACCUUUGGACCUGUGAGUGGUAACAGGAGUAUGGUCUUUGCUCGCUACACCAUGGGGUGGUAUCCGGCUAAAUUGGUUGUCGUCCUCAACAUCAUUGUCUUGCUCGGCUACUGCUUGAUUGACGCUGUAGUAGCCGGUCAGAUUCUCUCUGCUGUCUCGCCGCAUGGAUCCCUUUCCGUCAUUGUUGGUAUCGUCAUCGUUGCUGUCCUGACCUGGGCCAUCACCAUCUUCGGUUACAGCGUCUUCCACUUUUACGAGCGUUAUGCAUGGCUUCCCCAACUCGUCGUUCUGUCUUUGCUCGCUGGUGCUGCUGGACCCAAGUUCGAUCUUGAGACGCCCUCGAGCGGCGAUCAUCUGACCAUUAUUGGCAAUCGCUUAUCAUUCUUCAGUUUGUGUCUUUCUGCUGCGAUUACCUAUGCAGGUGGUGCAGCGGAUUUCUUCGUCUACUAUCCAGAAGAGACACCUCGCUGGAAGAUCUUCUCCGUUACCAUGUGCGGUUUGGCUUUGUCCUUCACCUUUGCUUUCAUUGUUGGCAUUGGACUGGGCUCUGGCAUUGCCACGAACGCCGCUUGGGGUGAUGCAUACAAGGUCUCUCAAGGUGCUCUUAUCGUUGAGGGAUUCGCUCCACUGGGAGGUUUCGGCAAAUUCUGUGGCGUCAUUGUCGCUCUCGGUCUGAUUGCCAAUAUGAUCGCUCCUACCUACAGCGCAGGUAUGGACUUUCAAGUUCUCGGCCAGUGGAUGACCGUCGUUCCUCGUAUUGUCUGGAACACUCUGGGUGUUGUUAUCUAUACUGUAUGCGCCAUUGCUGGUCGUGAGAGUCUCGCAGCCAUCUUCACCAACUUCCUCGCGCUCAUGGGUUAUUGGGUGUCGAUCUGGAUUGCCAUCAGUCUUGAGGAACAUUUCAUCUUCCGUAAUUGGAAAGGUCUUGGGUUCAACUGGAACUCUUGGAAUGAUAAGAGCAAGCUACCUAUUGGCAUUGCCGCCAUCGUUGCCUUCCUUGUUGGUUGGGCUGGAGCAAUUCUCUGUAUGGCUCAGGUCUGGUAUAUUGGUCCUCUGGCUAAGCCAGUUGGAGAAUAUGGUGCCGACAUGGGCAACUAUGUCGGAUUCGCUUGGGCAGCUCUGAUUUAUCCUCCUCUCAGAUUGCUCGAGCUGAAGAGAUUUGGCCGUUGA